AUGGGUCUUGGUGGUGUACUGAUGCAAAAUGGUCAGGUUGUUGCUUAUGCUUCCAGAAAAUUGAAGAUUUUGAGGCAUUAUCUUUUUGGAUCUAGGUUCGGAGGUGUUCAACGAUCACAAGAGCCUGAAGCUAAUGUUGUAGCUGAUGCAUUAAGUAGGAAGUCAUUACAUGUGUCAAUGCUUAUGGUUCGAGAGUUAGAACUGAUUGAACAAUUCAGAAAUAUGAGUCUAGUAUGUGGAGAGACUCCUAAUAGUGUGAAGUUGAGUAUGCUGAAGUUGACUAGUGAUAUUCUCGAAGAAAUUAAAAAAGGUCAGAAAUCUGAUUUGGGUUUGGUGGAUUGUCUCAUGUUAAUUAACCAAGGUAACAAGGGUGAUUUUCGGGUUGAUGAGAAUGAUGUGGUGAGGUUCAGAGAUAGGGUAUGUAUUCCAGAUGUGCCAGAAAUUAAGAAGAGCAUUCUUGAGGAGGGUCACGGAAGUGGGCUAAGUAUUCAUCCUGAGUGGAAAUGGGAUAACAUUUUCAUGGAUUUUGGGACAGGUCUACCGAAGACUUCGAAGGGAUGUGCUUCUAUUUGGGUGAUUGUUGAUAGAUUAACCAAAUCGGAUCAUUUUAUACCAAUGAGGAUCAAUUAUUCCUUGCAGAAGCUAGCCAGAUUGUAUAUUAAUGAGAUUAUGAAGUUGCAUGGUAUUCCUUCAAGUAUUGGGUCUGAUAGAGAUCCGAGAUUCACAUCAAGAUUCUGGGAGAUUUUGCAUACGACUUUAGGUACUAAGUUGAGGUUGAGCUCUGCUUAUUAUCCGUAG